AUGGCUGAAGAUCGAGCCCAUGAAAGAGUUCAAGAAAUGUUAGAUAUGGAAUAUAGAAUCUUUACAAUAAAUAAUUUAUAUAUGGAGACAGUCAUCGAUUUGAAAGGACAGAAUAAAAAUGAGAAAGGUCAACAAGGUGAAGCUGCGCCACCACCAAUCCCGUUGACUGAUGUUUCUCCAUCAACGAUGAAGGUUGAUUGUAUACAGAAACGAAAAUCCAAAAAUGAUCUCGAAGAAAAGCAAACUUUGAAACCUGAAGUUUUAACUUCAACAGUGCUUACCACUUCCAUGAUGAGUGCUAGCUCUCAUAAACUAACAUUUGAUGAAGCUGUAGCAGCAAUAGAUAUUCAAAUGGUAUUGGAGACCUACUGUCUAGUCGUAAAGAAGCGUAUCAUUGAUACCAUUUCACAAAUAUGUUAUCAUCAUUUUAUUACUAAAUGUGCUCUUGUUAUUGAUCAGGCUUUAACAAAUGCUUGUCCUUCAACAGAUUUGCUCUGUUUUAUGAAAGAACCUACUGAUCAAACGAUAAGACGAGAAAACUUAAUGCGUACUAUUAAAGCGUAUGAAGACGCAUUACAACUUGGUCAAAGUUAUUUAUAA